UUUCACGCUGGCCCAACCGCCGGCCAGUUGACACCGCACAUAGUUCAACUUUAGUUGGUUUGAUCACAUGGGUCUGCUCACGCUCCUCCGCAAGCUCAAGAAGGAUGACUCGGAAGCCCGAAUCUUGGUGCUCGGCCUCGACAACGGCGGCAAAACCACGAUCCUGAAGAAGUUGUCGGAAGAGGACAUCAGUCACAUCAUGCCAACGCAAGGUUUCAACGUCAAGAGUCUGCAGGUGGAUGGGUUCAAGCUCAAUAUGUGGGAUAUUGGCGGUCAAAAGACGAUUCGCCCGUACUGGCGAAACUACUACGAGCAAACGGACGCCCUCAUUUAUGUGAUCGACAGUGCGGAUCGCCGCCGCUUGGAAGAAACCGGUGUCGAGCUGAACGCGCUACUCGAAGAAGAGAAGCUCAGCUCGGCUUGCUUGCUUGUCUUUGCUAACAAACAAGAUUUGCUCAAUGCGUUGCCUGCGUCCGAGAUUUCGACGGCGUUGAACCUGAGCUCAAUCCGCAACCGACCAUACCAAAUCCAGGCAUGCUCGGCCAAAACUGGCGAAGGCUUGCAAGAAGGCAUGGAAUGGAUAGUCGGAAAGGUGGGCGAAGAGCGUGGCCGCGAGGCCAAGUAAAUGAACACCUGUGGCACUUGCUUUGCUGCCGAUUCGACUUUGUUUUCCUCGGUAGUGCCCUCUGCAGCUCUUGGCGUAACAAUAACAAUGCAUGGCUCAUACUUGAUCGA